UUAAUUUUUCCCCGAAAAUGUUGCCUAACCACGAGAAAACGGAGUUUAUUUUAAAUGGUGCAUCGAGUAAGACCUUCAAGACGGCGGAGAUGAGAGAUCCGUCCCAAAUACCAGUCAAGCUUCCCUUCAGCAUUGACUCUAUUCUGAGCAGAGUGGAGGCCGAGAGCGGUCUCGCUGGGGUCCGAGUGGAGCGCAGCCCCCUCUGGACCGGGAGCUGGCCUGCCACCGUGUCAUACCCCUACACCGUGGGAUACGUCCCCGUUCCGGCCGGACUACUGCACAGUAGGUGCGAACACUUCGACGCCCUACACAGACAGAGAACAGGGGGCGCCCCGGAUAAGCUGGCAGCGCUGUGGCGCAGGGGUGCAGCCAGGAUGAAGCGUGUGAGGACUGUGUUCACCCCCGAGCAGCUGGAACGCCUGGAGUUGGAGUUCCUGAGGCACCAGUACAUGGUGGGCACAGAGCGCGUGCACCUUGCCCUGAUGCUGAACCUGUCUGAGACACAGGUGAAGGUCUGGUUUCAGAACAGGAGGAUUAAGUGGAGGAAGCAGAGUCAUGACCAGAAGACAGCCGGAGUGGGCCAGCGUGCUGAGUCUCUGUCAGCCUCCUCCUCAAAAAGGGAAAGUUUGCCAGAGGAGCAGGAUAACACGCAAGGAAAAGGAGAAAUGGGAGAGGAGGAAGACGAAAUAAUUGAAGUGGUGUGACAGGACCGCCUGAAAACUCGAGGAACUAGCAGCUGGGCUGCACCCUGGGGUGGGACUGGGGGACUGAGCUGCCACAGUAGCUGUCACCUGGCAAAACAGGCCCUGAUGCCAGAUCCUUCUGCGCAAAU